GGGGUCUUGACAUUCGCCUGCCCCCUCUGUCCUGUAGCUACGCAUUAUUUUUUGAGACACUGUGAGUUUUUCGUCAGUGUCACAAUGACUCGUCCAGAACUCAGAUUGAUUCUGUUGGGCUUCUUUCUCAUCUCUGCCUCUUCAGCUCCUGUUAAAAAGACACAAGAUGUGAAUAUUUACAGUUUCUACAUUAACUCUACUGUGACCAGUCGCUACGCCACCACAAUCAUCACAAGCCGUGUGGCAAACAGACUUAAUGAAUCUCAGGAGAUCUUCUUUGAAGUGAAGAUACCCAAGAAUGCCUUCAUCAGCAAAUUCAGAAUGACCAUAGAUGGAAAGAGCUAUGAUGGAGUUGUGAAGGAGAAAGCAGACGCUCAGCAGCAGUACAGUCAAGCAGUUUCACGAGGACAAAGUGCUGGACUCAUCAAGUCUGUUGGAAGGACUUUAGAAGAAUUUAAAACAUCAGUGAAUGUGGCCGCUCUCAGUAAAGUCACCUUUGAGUUGACUUAUGAGGAACUGCUAACGCGUCGCCUUGGCAAAUAUGAGCUGCUCAUCAAUGCACAACCAAUGCAGACGGUGGCAGAUUUUAAGAUUGAUGUACACAUCCAUGAGAAACCAGGAAUUUCCUUCUUGGAGGUGAAAGGAGGUCUGAGCACCAAUGAUCUGGCCAAUGCCAUCAAAACUACCAGAGCUGACAGUGAUGCAUGGGUGACCUUUUACCCCACUCGAGAGCAGCAGACCAAAUGCAAAGACUGUGAUAAAAAUGGGCUGAAAGGAGACCUGCUCAUUUCAUAUGAUGUUGAGAGACAAAAUCCUAAUGGUGAAAUGAAAGUAUCAAAUGGGUAUUUCGUCCACAACUUUGCACCCUUAGAUCUUCCACGUAUUCCCAAAAAUGUGGUUUUUAUCAUUGACCGAAGUGGCUCCAUGCACGGCAAAAAAAUUGAGCAGACACGUUUGGCACUUCUAAAGAUUUUGAGUGAUCUUUCUGAGGACGAUCACUUUGGAUUGAUCACGUUUGACAGUCGAGUUGAUUUGUGGAAGCGUGAACUCCUUAAAGCUACCAAGACAAACCUGGAUGACGCGAAAUCAUUUGUGAAGAAGAUUACAGAUAGAGGAUCCACGGACAUAAAUGCUGCGGUGUUAGAAGGAGUAAAUAUGUUCAAACGGCAGCCACAAGCUGGAUCUGCUUCAAUCCUUAUUCUACUGACCGAUGGAGAUCCAACAUCAGGUGAAACCAACACAGAGAGGAUUAUGUCUAAUGUGAGAAAGGCCAUUGGGUCAAAGUUUCCCCUCUAUUGUCUUGGUUUCGGAUAUGAUGUGAAUUUUGAUUUCCUAACAAAAAUGUCACUGGAAAAUAAUGGAGUUGCUCGCAGAAUAUAUGAGGAUUCUGAUGCCGAUCUACAGCUGCAGGGUUUUUAUGAUGAAGUUGCCGUCCCACUCCUAACUGAUAUUCAGCUUAACUACAAAGGAGUCUCAAAUCUUACCCAGACCAAUUUUGCCCUGUACUUCAACGGCUCUGAAAUUGUGGUAUCCGGUCAAAUUACAGACAACAAUGUGGAGAGCAUCAGCACUGAAGUCAUCGCAAUAUCAAAAGGCAGUAAGGUGACGUACCAAAACACUGUAACAACAAAAGAUGUAAUUGAUGUCCCAUCUGAACAUGAAGAUUUUGUGGAAAGACUGUGGGCCUACCUUACAGUGAAACAACUUCUGGACAAACAUGUUCUUCUUGAAGGUCCAGAAAAAGAGGCUGUAAAGAACGAAGCUCUCAAACUUUCACUCAAAUAUCAGUUUGUUACAUCUCUCACAUCUAUGGUUGUUACCAAGCCACAGGAAGGUGACGUGGAGGUUGCAGACAAACCCAAAGAGGGAAAGGAAUCACACAGACCUCCAGUUUCUAGUUAUCCGCCAUUACCUCCUCGAAUAGGCUAUGGUUUAUCAGCCGGUUCAGGUUUUCCAGGUCGUAUAGGGCAGUAUGGUCCUCCACCGUAUCCCGGUCAUCAAGGUCGUCCAGGUCUUCCAGGGCAGCCGGGUCAUCCAGGCUAUCACGGAAUUUUAAGGCGUCCAGAUUGGAGUUCAGGUAGUGCUGGAGUAAUUAUGAGCCAGUUAGAUUCUGAAAGUGAGGCUGACCUUGGGAUAAGCUAUGUUAUGAAGACUCCGAUCAUGGCACCUACACAUGUGACACGUAAACUUGUGGCACCUACUCAAUCAGUUCCUGCAGUUCGUAAUAAUCGGUUCCUGCUGCCUGCUGAUGGUCAGACAAAACCGCUUUGUUUUGAUGUCCCUAUUCCUCACAAACUAAAACUGCUACAGGAUUCUGCUUUAGGGUUCUCUAUGAAUGGAGAGUCUAUGGCUAAAACUGGAUUCCAACAAAUCACCAUUCAUUACAAAACAAACCAUCACCUGACAAUAAAUACAAACUCUAUUAAUUAUAAUGAUGGCCAGAAUAAUGUUCAGUAUCUGUGGGGCCAGGAACCUUCCCAACAUGAUCAAGAGGGUAUCAUAUUGAUUCUGCGGGACAAUGAAAUGGAUGUUACGAUUGGAAGUAUCCGUGUUGUUAUUGUACUUCAUAAGAAACGUGGGGAUGUGUUUCUGUGGCCUGUGGUUUGGCAACAACCAGAAAAUGUCACUUUGGCAGGUAUUUUAGGAAAAGACAAAAUUUCAUAUGAGGAGAUUCAAGGGUCAACACUAAAGAUAAUGGACAAUGAUGUGAAAGCGUCAUGGGAUGAAAUGCCAGACUACAGAUUUCCUUCAGCUCCAGUCGUCAGAUGUUGGCUUGUGCCGUUCCAGGCUGUGAUGAACGGAGAGAUUUCUGAUUUUACUGUUACUCACCUGUAGAGUUCACAGCAUGUGUAUGUGAUAUAUUACAGAGCAUACCUUAACCAUUUGCCUCUUUGCUCCUCAAAAAUCUGCUUGAUUUUAUCCAUGUGCUUAUCUGUCUUCAUACUGAAGUAAAACCAAUGCCUCUUGCAGUUGGACACAUAUUUUACUGUAUUCACAAAAUCACAAUAAAAUCUACAAAGCAAUAA